GUCUGCUUUUAGUUUUUCUGUAGUGCCCAUCUACGUGAAAUUGGCAGAAUUGUGGAUAUAUCCCCGUUGAGCCAAUAAAAAAGAAAGAAGAAGAAGAGUGCGUGAUACAAUUGAAACAUUCCGUAAUCCAUGCACGCAAAAUGUCGUUGUUAGAGGAUGUCUUUCUCCAGGAUGAGGCAGGAGAAGCACAGGAGUUGGAACGGGUUAUCGAAGGUUAUGAAGAUGAUGAGAGGCCACAGUCACCAAGUAGUGACGAAAAUGAAGAAAAAGAGGACGAAGCAGAAGAGGACAAAAGACGUGUGGAUCCCACUCAAGGGAAGGCUAAGCGAGUGGUGAAGAAUCCAAGGUUUCUUUUAAACCCUGCAAGGUUGACAGGGCCUAGAGGGAUUCAAGUUAUACCUGAUCAUUUCAAGGACUUUAAAUUUAAAGGUAAAGGACAUGAGAAAGAAGAUUUGGACAUGGUUCUAAAGAAAUUAGAGCACUGGGCUUACAGAUUGUAUCCUAAGUUUGAAUUUGGGGAUUGCCUCAAAAAAAUUGAAACACUUGGCAAAAAGAGACCUGUUAUGGUCCACCUUCGUAAAAUAAGAUCUGAUCAAAUUACAUCAGAUGAGACUGUAGUCCAAAAGGAUUCUAGUGAUGACGAACUGCCAUCUGCACCUCAAGAGGAGGACGAGUUUGACAAACUGCUGCAACAACAGAUAGAAUUGGCUCGAUCUACUCCCAUGUCUGUUAAGAAACCACCACCUGACACACCAAGUGUUGAUCGUUCCUUAUUGAUGCCUAAAGCAGUAUCUUCACCUUCAAUAAAUGAUGAGCAAAGAGAAAGGAUGCUCAAAAACAGAAGAAUGGCAGAAGAGCGAAGGCUUGCUAAACUGAAUAACGAGAGUAAUAUAAGCACUGAGGCCAAAGACAGAACAAUAGAAAUCGUUAAUGAAGAAGAUACUGAAAUUCAAAAUGAUUCAAUGAAAAGGAAACACAACAGAACAAAUGUAAUAGACAGUUCUUCAGAUGAUGAAGAAAUGACUGUGAAUCAAUCUAUUGCUGUUGAAGUGCAUAGUAAGAAUGUUCAAAAUGGUGACAGUAAUUUUGAGACCAAAGAGAGAUCUAUAGAAACAGUAAAUGAGGGAGACAAUGAAAUUCUAAAUAAUUCACUAGUAAAAAAACACAACAGAACAAAUGUAAUAGACAGUUCUUCAGAUGAUGAAGAAAUUACUAUGAAUCAAUCUAUUGCAGUUGAAGUGCACAGUAAAAUUUUUGAAAAUGAAGUCAAUACUUCUGACACAAUAUCUAAUGGAAUUGAAGUUACAAAUUCCAUGCCUGACGAAGUCAGUAAUAUUGAGAGAAUAGAAAAAGAUAACAAAAGCUCAGAUGAGGUAGCCAGGCUUGAAAAUAAUAAGGCAGAUGAUAAGUUUGACACUUUAACAGAUUAUAAUAUAGAAGAAAAUAACGCAAUUAAUAUUGGUUCUACAGCAGACAAUUCACCACUAAGUAAGGACAUUGUUCAACCAGCAGCUAUUGAAAAUAAUGCAAUUAAUGUUGAUUCUCCACUCAGUAAGGAAACUGCUCAAACAGACACCAUCAAAGAUAAUGAAGACCCCGCACUACUGAACGAAACAAAGAAAUCUAGUUUAAUAGAAGAAAGUUCAGUCAAUACCAAAGUGUGUGUAAACAAUGAUAUUGAUAAAGAAAUCAUGGAUGUCGACUUCGAUGAUGAUUUUUAG